UUUUUGAGUCUCCAGUUGAACCAAUCAGAGGCGGUGCUUACCACCCCAACGCUCCCAUAAUUCAAGAUGUCCCUUGCUAACCGUGUGGCAUUGGUGACGGGUGCUGCCUCAGGCCUUGGACGCGCGACGGCGGAGCGCCUCGUGAAAGCUGGCGCUCAGGUCAUCUUGUGCGAUUUGCCAACGAGUGAUGGGCAGAACGUCGCGCGCAACAUCGGCCCCAACGCCCACUUCAGCCCCACCGACGUCACGAGCGAAGAAGAAGUAACUGCGGCGUUGGAUUUGGCGGAAUCUGCGUUCGGCAAGAGUGUGGACAUCGCUGUCAACUGUGCUGGGAUUGCCGUCGCGGCCCGCACCGUGUCCAAGAAGGGCGCACACCCGUUGUAUCAAUUUCAAAACGUCCUCAACGUGAACGUGUCGGGCACCUUCAAUGUGAUCCGUCUCGCCGCCGAACGCAUGUCCAAAACGAAGGGUGAUUCCGCGGGCGAGCGCGGAGUCAUCAUCAACACGGCAAGCAUCGCUGCGUACGACGGGCAGAUCGGCCAAGUUGCGUAUGCCGCGUCCAAAGCCGCCAUUGUCGGUAUGACGUUGCCCAUUGCCCGCGAUCUGUCUACCAGCGGCAUCCGCGUCAACACGAUUGCCCCAGGGCUCUUCCGCACGCCACUCCUCGCGGGGCUGCCUGAACAAGUGCAGAACGAAUUGGGUCUCACCGUGCCGUUCCCGAGCCGACUGGGCAAGCCCGAAGAGUACGCGCAAUUGGUGCAAAGCAUCAUCGAAAACCGCAUGUUGAACGGCGAAGUGAUCCGCCUCGACGGCGCGUUGCGCAUGCCCCCCAAGUAAACGCGGAGGAAUAUAAAAGUUAUAACAACCAAUCAAUAGAAUUAUAACAGUUGUUACACCA